AUGUUAAAACUUUUUAUAUUCACAAUUUUCUUAUUUUCAUCACCAAUAUUUGGUUUAUUAGAAACUUUAUUUCAAGCACAAAAUAAUUGCUAUUCAAGAUGUCAUUCAAAUUAUGAUACUAGCUUAUCUAAUUUGGAUGCUUGCAAAAAAGGUUGUGAUUAUAAGUUACAUAAUGAAGAUUGUACUGUUCGUUGUAAAUUACUGCGAACAGAUGAACAAAUUCAAGCUAGUUGUCUUGCUGGUUGUUCAUCAAAUCAUUCACCGGAAAUAAAAGAAUCAAUUGAAAAUGAACGUCCACGAUCGAUAAUUCUUAUUCGUCUUCGUCAACGUCCAUUAUCUGAACAUUCACCAUUUAACAUUGAUCGCAUACGGAUGUUUAUUAAUAAGAUAAGAAAAUUCAACGAAAAUAGAAAUAUAAUUAAACAAUCAAAUGAAAUUCAAACUGAUUCAUUAAAUGACGAAAAUACAUAUAAAAUUACACGUUUUAUUAUUCAUCAAAAAGAUAAUAUUGAAUCAAGAAAUAAUCGUUUUAAACAAUUUCUUAAUGAUAUUCAUAGUGAGUGGAAUGAUCUUAUUCAUAAACAACCAAAAAUUUCUAUAUGGAUUUGUUUUGUUUUUUUACUUUUGUCAUCAAUUAUUCUUUGGCAUAUGAUUGUAUCACUUUGUCAUCAUACACCUAGACAUCAUACUUUAUCAACUCAUGCACAAGAACUUGCUGUUGAUAAUAUAUAUGAAAAAGAAAAACUCUAA